UGUACGCUUGUGUCUCUGCGUCUAUCUUUCCCACUGUGUAUGGUGCCUUGCCUGUAGCUGCGUGCCUCACUUUCGUCUUUAUUUUUGUUUGUGCUGUAUCAGGGCUUUGUGGUUUUAUCUCUGUGACCGUCUAUCUGUUAUAUUUAUCUCUGUUUUACCUCUGUGCCUAUCUCCCCGUCUCGGGGUCUCUUCAUAUGUCUCUCUCUCUCUCUCUCUCUGUUUUUGCUCCCCUGUGUCGCUCCGCUCACCUCUGUCUGUUUUUUGCUUGUGUGUUUCUCUUAGUGCCUCACCGUGUGUGAGCUUGCGUUCUGUUUUAACCCGCUCUCUGUUUGUCGAUUUUGUUGCCGGGUGAACUUUUAUCUCUGCCUUUUAUAUUUUAGGCCACUUCUGCUUGUGUCUCUGAUUUCUACAUCUGUGACAAUUUGUGUGUCUGAGUCUCUCUCACUCUCUCGCCGUGUGUAUCUGUGUUUCUCUCUCUCUCUCUCCCCUCCCCUGCAGGUAGGAGGUGGAGGAACGUUGGGAGCAGGAGCUGCCUCCGCCCCCCGCCGCGGGCGCUCAGUGCUGGGUGCAGGUACAGGGAGGAGGGACAUUCGCUGCUGUGAGUUGAGCUGUGCCGGCACCUGAGGAUUAUUUGUGAAUUUAUACCCCCCCCCGCCGCCCCCCCCAAACUCACUCCUGGAGGACUGAGAGACAAAAGAAAGGUUUUUGUUGCUGGAACAAGGAGCGAUCUCUCUCUCUCUCUCUGUGUGUGCGCGGGGUUUUUUCCUGUGGAGGUCUCCCUCGGGCUCUGGCGAUGGCAAGCGGCGGUUACCGGCCUCCCGGGAAUACCACCGACUUUCUGGAGGAAUGGAAAGCCAAGCGGGAGAAGAUGCGAGCCCGCUUCGCCGCUGCGACCGGCGCUAACUCCGCCGAGAGCGGCCCGAACCGGAACGGUGCCCCCCCGCCGCCGCUGCCGCCCGCCGCCGAGCUCAGCAGCAACAACAACGGCGGCGGGGAGCGGGAGCGAGCCGCCACCAGGACCGCGGCUCCGCUCAGUAAGCGGCCGGACGAGGACGGGAGCGGCGCCACCAAAGGCAGCGAGGGCACCGCCAGGAACCCGCCCCCCGACGAGGUCGACGCGGAGAGCCCGCCCGUUACGGCCGCCGCCGCCGCAUCGUCCUCCUCAUCGCCGCCCGCCAGCAGCAAGAGCAAAGAGAAGGGUAAGAGCUCCGGGCCAAGCGCCAGGAAGGGCAAAGCGCAGAUCGAGAAGAGGAAGCUGAGGGAGAAGAGGAGGUCCACCGGAGUGGUCAACAUCCCGUCCACCGAGAGUCCCGAUGAUGACGAUCGUUCAGACCAGAAGCUGCAUCAGAGGGAGGAUGUGAUUACUCAGCAGAACACUCUCCAGAAUGAGUCCAUUACAUCUGAUCCAAACAGCCCAUACAUCGAAACACCAAGAACUACAAGCCGAUGGAAAAGCACCACGAUUGCUCCUGAAGAGGACAUCACAGCGUAUUCAUCUAGCAGCAGGUAUUCUGGCCGAGUGGAGAGACCUGGCUUUAAUCGCUAUGGAAACGCUUCAAGUUCCACCUUAAGCAGUACAUUAGAGAAGAAAUUGGAAGAACUUGAAAAGGAUUUUGCCAAGGAACGACAAGAGAAUCAGAAGCUAAUCAAACUGCUACAGGACAGGGAUGACCUGAUUGGGAAACUGAAGGAAGAAAUUGAUCUACUUAACAGAGAUUUGGAUGAAAUUGAAGAUGAAAAUGACCAACUAAAGCAAGAAAACAAGACCUUGUUGAAAGUUGUUGGCCAGUUGACUAGGUAGAAGAUGCUGUGCGUGAUACACAGAAGCCUGACUGAUAACUUGCACAUUUUUACAAAUCUGGAGUUAGCUUUCAAUAAACAAGUAAAGACUGAAGAGAAAUCAUUCCAAGCUCUCACUGUUCUCUCCUGAGAAUACAACACACCUUCUGUUAGAACUGCAUUGUGUGUUAACAUUUUGUGUUCAGUAGCUGGCUUGUCCGUUGUUUUUCAGUAGCAACUGUUGGAGUUUUUAUUUCUUAAUUAUUUCCUUACACUAUUUCUCAAAACUUGUUCAAAAGAACUAUUUACAAGGAGGUCACUGGUUUAAAUUAUGGUAACAGUUUUGUUAUCUGUAUGAUGCAGGAUCAGCUCAUUCUUGUUAUGUUCUCUCUUGUCAUUUCUGCAUUCAGAAUUCACAUGCUGAAGUUGGAAGAAAGGUAUGCGUGCUUAACAUAUAAACAACGUUUAGAAAGACAUAAUCUCAUGACUGGUAAUCAUAUGAGGAACUUUCCCAUUUAAAUUCUGAACAAAACCCUCAGACUUUCAUGUACAUUGUUAACAUGUCUAAUGAUUUUUCUUGCCCAUGUAUUCAAAACAUUGGUGAAAAGAUGUGUUGCUUGGCAAUUACAUGAAGAAAAUGAUCACAGUACUUUAAUGCAUUACAUUCACACUACAUUACAGGAGGAGCUGUGAGGCCGGAUCACAUAGAUUUUACAAGCAGUUGAGGGAGUCAGGGCGUUAACCUGGAAUGGCUGGGUGUAAGAAUUGCCAGAAGAAUUAAUAUCGCUCUCUUCUUUCUCAUUCUGUCCCACACCCCAGUUGGUCCUUGUAAAUAAAAGCAAGACAGUGCAGAUUCUGGAAAUCACAGAGAAUGUUGGACAUACUCAGCAGGUGUGGUACCAUCUGUGGAGAGACAAACUGAGUUAACGUUUUGGUCCAGUGGCCCUUCUUAAGAAGUCGCCUUACCAGACUUGAGACAUUAAAUGUGCCAAACCUACUGAAUUUCUCCAGAAUUCUUUGUGUUAGUUUCAGGUGGCUCCCCGGUAAGGGCCAAGUGUAACUCCGUAUUUACAAUUCAUAUAGUAAUAAUGGUUUUAUUCAAGAACUAUUCAAUAAAAUGGGUCAGAAAACUGACUGUAGCUUUGGUUCAAAGUGGAACCAUAUCCAUAUGCUCCCCUGUGCUGGAAUGGUCAUAGCAAAGACAGUGUUUAAGUCUUUAAAAUUACUUCUCGUAUCUUUGUGUUUGGAGCAUCACUACUUUCUGCCCUUCACUAUAUUCAUUUAUCACAGUUUCUUUAUGGCUGCUUGAAUUUUUUUUCCCUAAUGGAAUUAAUUACAUUCCAGAUUCAUGAAGUUGACUUUCCUUCAUGUAUAAACAACCACAAAUAAGAUUCAGCUUUUUAUUUUGCAGCACAAUGUACAUUAAACAAUAAUAAAAAAAAUUCUUGGAAUUGAAUCCACUUUUUUGAAUGUGUGGACCAUUGUCAGACUAGAACAAAUGAUCGUUUAAUCUCUUGCAGGGAGAAACAAAUUAUGUUCUUUUAAAAAUAAAGGUUUUCAGUUUCAAAGUCAUUUCAAUAUUAAAAGCCUGGAGCUUUUAUGUUUGACAGAACCUAGAAUGUAAAUAAAUGGAUGAGUGUGACUUUUGACUCCUACUGGGGCUAAUUCCUAAAGUUUUGGACAUAUUGGUUUCCCUUUUGAGAUUAGACUAGUGCAUCAGAAAAGACAAUACAUUAUAAUCUGUUCAUGCUAUUGCAGUUAAAUUUACACAAAAUAAAAUCUGGA